UACCUGGUAUUCUUGUGCGUGAACCUGAGGUUUGUCUUGUGAAUGGCAGUGCAUGAGAUGGUCAUAGACAAUCGAUAGUUUGAAUCAUUUCCAACGGUACAUUGUCUACUUCCCUACUACAGUACCACAGAGUGCCUGCAGAGCGGCUGACGCAUGGAAAACCUAUAGAGACGCCGAAGACGGUUUCGGUAUUGCCUUCAGACCAACAGUUAUUUUUAUUAUGUGACUGCUGCGUAUCAAGAGAUCGAGAAGAAGGGGGCCGCUCGUCAGAGGAGGAUCCAGCUGAACAAGAUUUAAAUGGAGGGAGAAGAGAAGUUUCAGAAAGAGAAAGCAGAGAGCCAUGAAGAUUCCAAGGCCAGUCUUGCGCUCGAACGCGAAAACAAAUGAAAAAUGAUUCUCUUCCUCAAGGAGAAAUCCCGCCUGUGUCUCGUACACUUACCUGUGCCUGGCAAUUAAUGUCAGGGGUGACGUGGAACCGGCACGGUGCGGCCCUGAAGGAAGUGACACCGCGGACGGGAACGGACACUUAAAAUCCAGCGUGCCGCGCGAGUGCAACACAAUGCCGUCGAAAGUCUCGUGCUUCUACGUCCUGACGGUCGUUUGCUGGGCGAGCGCUCUGUGGUACCUGAGCGUGUCGCGCCCGACGUCCUCCUAUGCGGGGCAGAUCUCGGUGCCCGUGCGCAAGGCCGCCAAACCGAAGAACGCCACCUUCGGCAACAUCCGGACGCGGCCGCUGAACCCGCACGCCUUCGACUUCGUCAUCAACGAGCCGGGGAAGUGCGAGAGCGCCGCGCCGUUCCUCGUCAUCCUCAUCAGCACCACGCACAAGGAGUUCGACGCGCGGCAGGCCAUCCGCGAGACCUGGGGCGACGAGAGCGCCUUCGGCGACGUGGGCGUGGUCACCCUCUUCCUGCUGGGCCGGAACACCGACGCCGUCCUCAACCAGAUGGUGGAGCAGGAGAGCCAGAUCUUCCACGACAUCGUGGUGGAGGACUUCGUCGACUCCUACCACAACCUCACCCUCAAGACCCUGAUGGGCAUGAGGUGGGUGGCCACCUUCUGCUCCAAGGCCAAGUACGUCAUGAAGACCGACAGCGACAUCUUCGUCAACAUGGACAACCUGGUCUACAAGCUCCUCAAGCCCGCCACCAAGCCCCGGAGGAGGUACUUCACGGGGUACGUGAUAAACGGGGGCCCCAUCCGGGACGUGCGCAGCAAGUGGUACAUGCCUCGAGACCUGUACCCCGAGAGCAAGUACCCGCCGUUCUGCUCGGGCACGGGGUACGUGUUCUCGGCGGACGUGGCCGAGCUCAUCUACAAGACGUCGCUCCACACCCGGCUGCUCCACCUGGAGGACGUGUACGUGGGGCUCUGCCUGCGCAAGCUGGGCAUCCACCCCUUCCAGAACAGUGGCUUCAAUCACUGGAAGAUGGCCUACAGCCUCUGCAGGUACCGCAGGGUGAUCACCGUGCACCAGAUCUCACCCGAGGAAAUGCACAGGGUCUGGAACGACAUGUCCAGCAAAAAGCACCUCCGGUGUUAAGGCCCUGCCGGGGGGGGGACCCUUCCUCAUUUUGUACCCGACGCCGAGGCAUCAUCACGGGCCUGCAUCGCACAAUCCCUGGUUACUUUCAUUUGACGGCUGCUGUUAAGUGAUCCCAUCCACCGAUACGGAAAUAGUCCAUGUCCAGUCCAGGCAGUCCUACUUACCUUUCUGCACUUAAAUCAAGGGGAAAUUGGAAAUAGUAUUUUAAUGCUCAUUCUGAAAUAAAGCAGAGAACCAACAAGCUGCAGCAGCAGCAAUCAGUUGAAUUAACUGAUCCAACAGGCAUUCUCAAAGUAGUACUAUUGGUGUGCUCUCCUGCAACAUGCGAGUACAAUUCCUUUGUUUAAGUGUGAGGUUUACAGGUUUUCUGGUUGGAAUGGAAGACGUGGAAUGACAGGCACUAUUUCUUUUUCAGUGUAAAAAUCCAGGCUUGUGCUAUAAGCCAAGGGCUCAUACGUUGUUUUGGUAGUAUGUGUCACCCAUAUUUAAAGAAUACCGCUUAGAAAGAAAUGCUUCAGUGUAGAUCACAAUUUAGCACAAACUGGUGUACCGGUGCAACCAACGGGAUUUUUCUGCAAUUCAAGGCCACGGGUGAAUGUCAUUAAACCUGUCAUAUAAAAACAUAUACAGAACAGUAUCUUUGUUGAAUGUACAGUAGUAUAAACAUGUUUAAGACAAUGUUGUAAGAUGAUGAUUAUCAUCCUUGUUGCUCAGUGUUCAAGAUCAGUUGUGUAAAUCUAUCAACAGAUGCUUAAUUCAUGUGAAGUGUCCUGGAUUUUUUAAAUAUAUAUUUGUGGAAAUUGAAAUCCAUUUUUGCCGAAUCAAAUUAUCUUAAAGAGUUUUUAGAUUUUUUUUUUUACUUUCAUGAAUUGAUGUUAUUCUUUUGAAUCAUAUCUGAUUUGGUCUGCAUUUUGUGUGUCUAUACUUUUUUGAAGAAGAACACUUGUAUGCAUAAAUAGGCAUACUGUACUUAUUAUGCUCUACAAAUGAUCUAAAGCAACCAUUUACCUUCCUAAGUGAAUGUAUUUUUUGUGUAUGUGAUGUAUCAAUCUUCAGUCAAUAACUGCUAAUGAAAUUAUUACAAAUUCAUACAUUUUCCUGAAACAGGGACAUAUGUUACAACUGCUGCAUUCUCUAGGAGUUUACUUUAAAAAUGGAUAAUUUUUUUUAUUCUUCAGUAUUAUGACCUGUUGCCAUAUUUUACUGUGAAAGAGAAGAUAAACAACUGACUAUCCUAAAGAGGAUUAUAUUAAUGUACAGUAUGUCAUUUUUACAUUAAAAAUAUACAUACUUGUGAAUUA